AUGGGCCGUUACGAGGCCCACUCGGACAGACACCCUCCUCCGUACGCCCGGCCCAAACCCAAACCCUCUCAAUCAAAGGACGAGAAUGAGCCCCACCCAGUCCAAUCCCCACCGCAACCAGUCGAGCAGGGGAUGCCGAAGGCCAAACAUAGCGACCUGUACACCUUCGCUCCAUUUGCUUCAGCCGAACGCGCCAACUCCAUCCCGCCUCGAGGCCCUACCUCAUCGGCGCAGCCGCCGCUGCCGAACCUGGCCUCGAGCCCUGUUGGCGAUCCGUUAUCAACCUCCACGCCAUUCAGCGCGCCAGUCGCGCACUUGAACACGACCAGGGGCGUGCCGACCGUGAUCAUUCCCAUGAUAUCUCCGUCAACGUCGCUGCCCAUGCUGUCUCAGCCAAUGCCUCCGCCCGCGCUCUCGCCUCCAGUACACAGUAGCCCACACGAGCGCUCGUUCCAGGACACGCACUUUUGGUCUCUGCUCUCUCCACCAGUUGUUCUCCGUCCACCAGCGAUCCCACCGCCUGCCCUUCGUCCACCAGCGAUGCCACAGCCCACCCUCUCUGCCCUCCCCCCACCAGCGACGCCACAGCCUGCCUUCCAUCCACCAACGUUCUCAACCCAGUCGAGUUUCUACCCGCCGCUAGCUCCACUGGCCGCAUCUCAGCGUCCUCCCUCGACAUCCUACGCGCACUCUGCAUUCAUGAAAUCGCAGCCCGUGCAGAACGCUCUCUCCAGUCCCAUCGCACUCUCUCCCCCGGGACCCUCUUCGUCUGCUCUCUCUCCGCCUCCGCUCUCUCCGCCAGGGCUCUCACAGCCAGGGCUACCUCUUGGCCCCACGCCCUCCUUGUGGACAGCCCCUCCCUCUCUGCCUGGCCCAACGCUCGCGCUGUCCAUGUUCUCUCGCGCGCUAUCUCCAACGAUCGCGCUCUCUCACCAACCCGGGAUCUCCUCAAGGGGAACCGGAACCACGCUCCCGCCGCUACCCCCCGUCCCUUCUCCCGCGCCAUGUCCGCAGCCUGCGCUCAGUGCCGGUGCUCUGGGCCAGCGUGGAAAAAAAAGUAGAUGCGAGGACAACGAUAUCGAUGCAAGAUGUGUCGAACUGGUCCAGAGGGAACGCGGAGCGACCGGCGAGCUCGACGACUAA